CCAGCAACUUGGAAUGACGUUUACGUAAAAAAAAAAUUUUUUUCGUAAAAAAAAAUUCAGUGGAACUAGAUACCUCGUUCACAAUUGCCCAUAGUUAACAACUUGUGAUCUUUCACAGUAGCAAGAUAUACUUUCCAAUGAAGAAGGAUCGGUCAAAGACAGAAUUCUUUGAACUAUGUCAGCGCUUAAAAUUACAUAAUCUGGAAAACAGAGGGGCACCCGCUACCCACGACACCGAGCGGGCCAAAGUGUUUCGAGUAUGAGCUAGACGUUCGGGUAAUUUCGGCAGCGCAAUCGUUCACAAAUCUAUCAAAGAGAAAUAGGCCACGUUUACUUAAGUGAAACAAGCCAAAGAAGCUUCUCUUCUAUAAAAGUCGGAUCAGACUCUUGUCACAAGUACAGCCGCAGUGCGUCAAGACUAUCAAUUAGCUAACAAGACGUCUGAGAGUUUGCGAGCAAACGGAGAAGAUACAUGAUCUAAACAGGGAUUGUACUCGAGCAUGGGCUACGUUUGCCUACAUCAGACGAUAGGGGAUAAACAAAGACAGUCACUGGUGCAAACGAUCAACAUCGAAAUCGACCCCUGCAAAAGUCCAGUUACUCCGGCUCCGAUAACUUAAGUCCCUUCACAACGAACCAUUUCAGUAGACGCUGUUAGCCUGGGCCUGUAUGGAGAGUUAUUGCGCACGAGAGCAACCCGUAAAAAAGAUGACGCCCAAACAAGAUGAUGAUGAUGAUGACUGCAUACGUUUUCGGGGUUCACCGGAACCAAACAACAACAGGAGUUCUCGACAAACCGACGGAAGUUCAAAGGGUGGCACCAAACCUGGGUCGUUAUCAUGUUCAGCAGAGACUUUGCCUGCGAUUCACUUCACACGUCCCAUCAACUCCAGCCGUAGUCAGACACGUGAUUCUGAUUCGGAGGAUGCAAACACGCGCUUCGUCAUUCUCCAAAACCUUCAUUAUCUGCCCCUGUUGGGAAUGAUGAUUGCGUUUCUAUCGAUUUUCACAUCGUAUGGACUCGCAGUGCAUCAAGGCGAUGUCCCAGCUUGGCUGCCCUAUAUAUCCGACGCAGGCGGUGACCCACCUCAGAGUUCCAUCUUCUCCAUGGGCAUGAAUCUCGUCGGACUCAUGUCGUUUGCAGUCUGUUUAGGUAUCUACCUGUACUAUCUCAUCGUCGAGGCACAAAACUCCAAAGGCUCCAAGAUCAUUUCGCGGCUUGGAAAGCUCUUAGUAAUAUCGGGCUUCUACAUGUGCAUCGGACUCUUUGGUGUUGCCACUAAUCCGCCAGGCCAGCAUCCGUGUUUCGGGCCAGCAUCUCGUACUGUGUACGACCGGCCCGUCGUAUCUCAUCAUCUGAUACGACUAUUGUCAUAUCAUCUUAAGUGGUGGUGUUUAGGUGAGCUUGAGCGAUGCCAUCUACGACGAGACGGCGAUUGGACCUGGGUUGUCCUCGUACCACAUUUGGUCGGGGCAGCAGUCUUCUUCGGUUCCGGCAUUGGGAUGAUGAUCAUAAUCACUUAUAUCACCUUUCUCAUCGAAAGGCCUAAUUAUAUGAAUAAAAUGUUCAUUUCUAGGGUAGUAAUUCUAUUAGGAAGCCUUCUCAGCGGCCUUCUAGUUAUUAUUAGACUGCCUUCAAUGGAUGACAUUGAGAAGCUCAAACCUUCACCUGAUCAUGGCCGAAUCUAUCCUGAGGGAAUGACAUGGAGCACUUUUGGCGAAUGCGCCCGUCGUUUGACUACCACAUUCUCAUCGUUGGUAGGAGCCCCGCUCGAGACGCUUUCAGCGAUACGGCCUAUGGAGACAGUCCCAACCCACUAAAACCCCCAGUUUUGAACUAAACCUCUACUCGCCUCUCCUAACACAUGCCAAUAGGUGUUGGGUCCCCGGGCAGCGAGGCAUUUACCCGCCUAAAUAGUAUCUAUCCAAAAAAGCAGAUACAACAUUUUUUCGAGUACGCGCUCAGACACAUACACCGUAUUCGACAGAGCUCCUUUCAUCAUUUGUUUUACCAAAACGUUCAACGAAAAUACAUCUCUGUUUCAAUUCGAAGCGUACAGUUCCGUAGCAGAGCUAAACCGAGAUCUUUGGCUUACCUAUCUAUGUUCAAAUACAGGUUGGCUAUGUUUUUCAUCGUGGUUUCAUUGAAGGUGUACAAGGAAAAUAAUGGACUUUGCAAAGCAAAGUUACUCUUCCGCGGGUUACGGACAUCGACCAGACCAUGCGUUAUAUUGCUGGUUCACCCCCUCACUCAAGUAUUUAAUUAAAGCAUGUCAUUUAAAUAAAAUCGAUGAACAUUUAAA